AUGACAGCCGCCGCCACUGCCGCCACACCGUCUGAAAUCCUCCACCACACCACCGCUUUCAUCUCUGAAACCAUCUCGAGUACCGACCUCCGUCGCCGCCUGCUCUCCGUCCUCCGCCGCAAAACAACCCCCUCAGCGGCCGACAACAAGGCCCUAAAUCUCGUCGCGGACACACUCGAAAACGCAGUAUCCACCGCCAGCCCCUCUGUCCGGUCCUCCUCCCUUCGCCUUGCUGAGAACCUCCUCCUCGCCCUCCCGGGAAGCUCCUUCUCCUCUCUCCUCCUCUCCCUCGCCUACGGCCUCUGGCGCCGCCCCGUUGACGCCGCUCUCCGCCUCCUCGAUGUGUUCUGCCUCGAUCCUUCAUCGGCGCGAUCGGAUAUCGCUCCGACGCUCUUCGAGGAGCUUUUCUUAGUCCAUCUUUUACCGGUUCUCCGUUGCUUCAACGAACAAAGAACACAAAUAUUAUCCAACUCUAUGUCCCGGACCGACAUUGAUCACGACGAUUACUCGAUUUGCAACGAUCCAGUGGCGGUGAUUCCGAGCACGAAAUCGCUGUCGAAGAUGAGCGAUGCGCAGAUGUCGGAGCUGAAGGAGUUGGAGAGGGAGUACGAGGAGGUUCUUGACGAGAAUUGCAGGGUUUUGGCUGGGUACUUGAAAGAGGUUUUGGAAAAUAUUAAUCAAGAUGGUCAUGGCCAGAAUCGGAUGAUUCAUCCUCCGCCGUUGAUAUUGAAGAAUUCAGCUGGGAAAUUUAAAGUCUUUGAUGGAAGAUCAGAUGAACUAGAAGAAGAUGAUCAGCAGAUCAGGAUGAGAACUGGGGAGAUUGGGAUAUCCAUAAACGGACGGUAUAAUCCAAUAUGGAAUGAUAAAAAAGAAAGGUCAGUUGAAAUCUUCAAUAACAGUAGUUCCAGCGGCAAAUCCAAGUCCUUACCAUUUUAUCCUCGAAGGGUCUCUCCUGAAACGUUUUCUGGCCAAAAAUCCGCCUGGAGAUUGACACCAUCGCCAAAUAGUACCGUUUCAGAUUCUGAAAUAGAGUCUUCAAUGGAUGAUAAUUCUGUAGAUGGUUAUUCCACAGAAUCUGAAGCUGAAACUGAGGAAAAGAACAGAAAAAUGGCAUUGUUUGAGCCUAGACAGAGACGAAUCAAGAAACAAGAACAGCCCAUUUAUGCAGAAUCCAGUUGUUCUCCGGAUCAUAUUGUAGCAAAUUUUGAUAGACCUAUGCGUCCACAGGACUUUGUCUGUCCCAUUACAAGCAAUCUCUUCAAUGACCCUGUGACUCUUGAGACGGGUCAGACAUAUGAGCGCCAGGCCAUCCAGGAAUGGCUUGACCGAGGAAACUCGACGUGCCCGAUUACUCGCCAGAAGCUGGAAAGUACCCAGCUUCCCAAGACAAACUACGUGCUUAAAAGGCUCAUUGGAAGUUGGCAAGAACAGAAUCCAGGCGCAGCGCCGGUAAAGCAAUCUGAGAAUCUACAAGCCGAAGCUGACUCAACACUGAAGCCAGAGAUGCCUUUAACCUCUCCUAUUAGUGUUAUAAUCCAAGCCAGCAUAGAGGGAACAGUUAGUGCGCUGAGAUAUGCAAUUUCCAGUCUAUGCACUUCAGAGAUUCUCAAAGAGUCCGAGACUGCUGUCCUUCGAAUCGAGCGGUUCUGGCAGGAAGCGGACAUGGAAGAGCAUAUCCAAAAUAUGUUGUCAAAGCCUCCUGUAAUCAAUGGUUUUGUGGAGAUACUUUUCAAUUCCGUUGAUCCCAAAGUACUCAAAGCCACAAUCUUUCUUCUAUCUGAGUUGGGAUCAAGAGACAAGGCUGUGAUCCAGACACUUACGCAGGUCGACUCCGAUGUAGAAUGCAUUGCAACUUUAUUCAGAAAGGGGUUGAUUGAAGCUGUUGUGUUGAUAUAUCUACUUAGAACAUCAAUUCUGAACUUGGUAGAAAUGGACUUGGUGGAAUCUCUAUUAGCGGUGAUCAAGAAGAAAGAGGAAGAUUUGCUUAAAAUGUGUGUGAAGUUAAAAACAGCUGCAGUGCUUUUGCUGGGACAGAUUUUUCAGAUGAGUGAAGAUACCAAAGUCAGUUCUAUUGUCAAUGUAGUGAUUCGCGAAAAAGCAAUUGAAAGUGUUGUGGAUAGUUUGGGGGCUGAUUUGGUAGAAGAAAGAAUUGCGGCACUAGAGAUUCUAGUCAAGUGUAUGCAAGAGGAUGGAAUGUGCAGGAACAUUAUUGCUGAUACAGCUGAGUUGGCUCCUGUUUUGGAGUGCUUCAUGGGCGCAAGUGAUGGAGAAAAGUUCGAGAUAGCUAGGUUUUUGUUCGAGUUGGUUAAGUUGAACAGAAGGACAUUUAAUGAACAAAUCCUUCACAUUAUAAAGAAUGAAGGGCCUCUCAGUACAAUGCACGCCCUUCUUGUUUAUCUGCAAACAGCCCUGCAUGACCAAUGUCCUGUUGUGGCUGGCCUACUACUUCAACUUGACCUACUGACUGAGCCAAGAAAGAUGAGUAUAUACCGCGAAGAGGCAAUAGAUACUCUCAUAGAAUGUCUUAGAGAUACAGACUUCCCUGGAGCCCAAAUAGCCGCAGCUGAGACAAUUAUGUUGUUGCCGGGGAGGUUCACUAUCUCUGGAAAGUCCCUUACAAGGGCUUUCCUUCUUAAGCAUGCUGGCAUCGAAAAAAGCUACAACAACCUUGUACGGAUGGAUCAACUAAGCAUUUCCGGCAGAGAAGCUGAAGACAUUCUCGAAGAAAAGAAGGCAGCUGACAAUUGGGAAAGAAAAAUGGCGUCUGUUUUGGUGUCACAUGAGUUUGGUCUACUCUUUGAGGCUUUUUCAGAAGGACUGAAGAGCACAAAUGCAGAACUAUGUUCAAAGUGCUUCAUAUCAGCUACAUGGCUUGUGGACAUGCUCAAAGUACUCCCCGACACAGGAGUACGAGGCGCGGCCCGUGUCUGCUUGCUGAAACAUUUCAUAUCUAUAUUCAAGUCCUCUAGAUAUACCGAAGAUAGAGCCCUUUCUCUUCUUGCCUUGAGCAGCUUCAUACAGGAUCCUGAGGGGCUGAGAGAUAUAACUUCUUCUGUGAAGGAUGUAAUAAAGGGUCUGAGAGAACUCAAGAGAGCCACUCCCUUAGCAUUUGAAAUGCUGAAAGUUUUCUUUGAAGGCGAAGAUUCAAGUGCUGAGUUGUGGAAUCAUAAACAAUUAAUUGAAGUAGAUUGCAGUGAGAAUGGAGAGGUUUUGUCUUUAGUUUGCUUUAAAGAUAAACUCUUUUCUGGCCAUGCAGAUGGCACUAUAAAGGUAUGGACGGGUAAAGGAAGCAUCCUUCAUCUCAUCCAAGAAAUUCGAGAACAUACGAAGGCGGUCACAAGCUUAGCAGUUUUGGCAGCGGGGGAGAGACUUUACAGUGGCUCACUUGAUAGGAGUGCCAGGAUCUGGUCAAUUUCGGACGACACAAUCGAUUGCAUACAAGUACAUGAUAUGAAGGAUCAAGUUCAGAAUUUAGUUGUUUCCAACAACAUUUCUUGCUUCAUUCCACAUGGAGCUGGUCUAAAGGUUCAUUCCUGGAAUGGGGUAUUCAAAUUGCUGAAUCCAGGAAAACAUGUGAAGUGUUUGGCUCUAAUGCAUGGAAAAUUAUACUGUGGAUGUCAAGAUAGUAGUAUUCAAGAGAUUGAUUUGGUCACAGAAACACUUAGUACAAUUCAAAGCGGCUCUAGAAAAUUGCUUGGGAAAGCAAGCCCUGUUCAUGCCAUACAAAUUCAUGAUGGACUUAUAUAUGCAGCCACUUCCUCCUUGGAUGGAACAGCUGUUAAGAUCAUGAGCACAUCAGAUCACACCAUGGUUGGAUCAUUAACUACCACAUUGGAAGUCCGAGCCAUGGCCAUAAGCUCGGAGCUAGUUUACUUGGGAUGCAAGAAAGGAGCAGUGGAAAUUUGGGGUAGAGAGAAGCAGAAUAGAAUAGACACACUACAAAUUGGCACAAAUUGUAAAGUCAUUUGCAUGGCUCUUGAUGCUAAUGAAGAAGUUUUGGUUGUUGGAACUUCUGACGGCUUACUUCAGGCAUGGGGACUGAGCUAGAAAAGGAGGAAAUCGAAAAUUUUGCCCGAGUUUUUAUUUUUUAUUUUUUUGGUUUUAAAAGAACAAUUGAAGCUAGAUUAUUUUCAUAUUCUUUAGAUUGUUUCUUUGUUUGAGAACAAUAAUUGAAAUGUAUAUAGAUUAAACCAAGAAUGUUUAUAUUCCAUACAUAGGUCAUUCGGUAUGUAUUAUUA